UCAUCAGUUAUGUGACAUCAUUUAUUCUUAUUUAUAACAGUUGUUGACCUUUCUUUUACUAGGGGGGGUCAGUGGACCCAGAAAAGCAGCUGUAAAUGCUGCAGCAUGUGCAAUACAAACAGAAUUGAGCUGGUGAAGCUAGCUGGCCUCAUUCAGGCUGCUGACAUGUUGGUUAAUGUGGUCCGGCAUCCCCACCAGGGGAACUGCAAAAUCAUCAGGGCUGCUUGUUUUCCACUUGACCUGACAUGUCCUGAAAAUUGGUCUGUUUACUCAAAAAAGAUGUUGCACAGAAGGGAAACGAAGGCCCUGUAACAAAUGUCCAGGUUGUCCUCGGUGGGGGAGGUUGUUGCUUGUGAUCAUCUUUAUGAAUUUCUGGCAAUGACGGUGUGCCAGCGGACUGUUUCACACACACACAGCUAGGUUUCGCAGAGUCAGCGAGAUGAGAGAGACGAGCACAGUGGCAGAGAGAAGACUCACACGAGCAGAUAUGAGAAGUGUUCAUGUGUGAGAGUAACUUGGUGGGCGGAAGCUUAAGGCAGAUAGGGGAAAGAGACUGGAAGAAUAGUGGACACUUCAAGUUGCCGGACGGGCUUUGUUGGAAUAAAGGCAAGAGGCAGAGCCCAGCGCAGAGCAGACAACCUUGUGGACCAGUAGUCGGACCCAGGAUCAGCCCAGCCCUCUCAGAACUGGAGACCCUCUCCCCGCACCGACCCUCACCUCCACCACGUGCCCACUUCAGUGACAUGUACCCUGAAGAGAGCCGGGGGUCUGGAGGGGUAGCCACUGUAGACUUCCUGGAAGCGACAUACGACUAUGCCGCUCCCACCCCUGCCCCGACUCCUCUUUACAGCCACUCCACCCCUGGCUACUACUCCGCUCCUCUGGACUCCCACAGACCACCCUCAGAUGGCAGUCUUCAGUCCCUGGGGAGUGGGCCCGCCAGUCCUCUAGUGUUUGUACCCUCCAGCCCCCGACUCAGUCCCUUUUUGCACCCACCCAGCCACCACUAUUUGGAAACCACCUCAACACACGUCUACAGCGUCCCAUCCAGUCAGCAGUCGGUUCCCAGAGAAGACCAGUGCGGCCCCAGUGACGAGUCUUACAGUCUGGGGGAGUCGGGGGCCGGAGCGGGGGCCGGGGGCUUUGAGAUGGCCAAAGAUACGCGUUUCUGUGCCGUGUGCAGCGACUACGCCUCUGGGUACCACUACGGGGUGUGGUCCUGUGAGGGCUGCAAGGCCUUCUUCAAGAGGAGCAUCCAGGGUCACAAUGACUAUAUGUGCCCAGCAACCAAUCAGUGCACUAUUGACAGGAAUCGGAGGAAGAGCUGCCAGGCGUGUCGUCUUAGGAAGUGUUACGAAGUGGGCAUGAUGAAAGGAGGUGUGCGCAAGGACCGUGGGCGUAUUCUGCGGCGUGACAAACGGCGCACCGGCACCGGGGACCGAGACAAGGCCUCCAAGAACCUGGAGCCCCGGACCGGGCCGGCUCAGGACGGGAGGAAACGCAGCAGCAGCGCUUGUGCAGGAGGAAAAUCCCUGGUGACGAGCAUGCCUCCGGACCAGGUGCUCCUCCUGCUCCAGUGCGCCGAGCCCCCCAUCCUGUGCUCUCGGCAGAAGCUGAGCCGACCCUACACCGAGGUCACCAUGAUGACCCUGCUCACCAGCAUGGCCGAUAAGGAGCUCGUCCACAUGAUCACCUGGGCCAAGAAGCUUCCAGGUUUCCUGCAGCUGGGCCUCCACGACCAGGUGCAGCUGCUGGAGAGCUCCUGGCUGGAGGUGCUGAUGAUCGGGCUCAUCUGGAGGUCCAUCCACUGCCCCGGGAAACUUAUCUUUGCCCAGGACCUAAUACUAGACAGGAACGAAGGCGACUGCGUCGAAGGCAUGGCGGAGAUCUUCGACAUGCUGUUGGCCACUGCUUCCCGCUUCCGCCUGCUCAAACUGAAACCUGAGGAGUUUGUUUGUCUCAAAGCGAUCAUCUUGCUUAACUCUGGCGCCUUCUCGUUCUGCACAGGCACGAUGGAGCCCCUCCACGACACCGCGGCCGUUCAGCACAUGCUGGACACCAUCACAGACACGCUCAUACAUCACAUCAGCCAAUCGGGGGGCCCGGUUCAGCAGCAGUCGAGACGGCAGGCCCAGCUGCUCCUCCUGCUCUCCCACAUCCGACACAUGAGCAACAAAGGCAUGGAGCAUCUCUACAGCAUGAAGUGCAAGAACAAAGUGCCUCUGUACGACCUGCUGCUGGAGAUGCUGGACGCGCACCGCCUCCACCGCCCGGACAAACCAGGUGAGCCGUGGUUCAACGCCGACGGAGAGCCUCUCUCCACCGCCAGCAACGACAACAACAACAGCAGCAGCAGCGGCGGCGGCGGCUUUUCAGGAGGAUCCGGUUCAGGACCCCGAGUCAGCCUGGAGAGCCCGAGCAGAGCCCCCACAGUCCUGCAGUACGGAGGGUCCCACUCUGAUUGCACCCACAUCCUAUGAGACAUAUGAGGUCAUAGAUAUGUGUGGUGCCGAAUGAGAGGGACUUGGGAAUGACACAUAAUGGUUGUAUUUGAAUUCAUUUCAUGAGAUAAUUAUUUAUAAAUUAAGUGAUUUUAUAGUUGUAGUUGUAUAUUUUUCCUUUGCACUACUCCAAUUCACUACAAUAUGAGCGUCAAUGCAGUUAAUCUUUUAGGCUGCCUUUCGUAAUAUCUGUGAUUUUGAGUCGGCCUCUAACAACUUUACAAGUACAGCUUAUUGUUAUCAGAACUGCAGGUGUGAGGUCAUAUUGAGGCGCUCUGUGAGCUUUGAAAUCACGAGCAGAUAAUUUUUUUGUUUGUUUGCCGAGACCAAAGUGCACUUCCUCUGGGCUUUAAGGGGCUAUCGGGCUUUAUUUUUACUUUUACAUAAUAAGGAUGAUUAUGCACUUAACUAUGAUAAAACUGGUUAAAAUAACUGUAAUUUAUUUUGUUUCAAUUCAAAUAUUGUCAAUGACUUAUCAGGUAUUGUAUUUUCUGUGCACAUACAAUUUAAAAAUAAGAUAUAUUUUGGAGGAAAAUCCUACUAAUGAUGAAAUUGUGAAAUUAUCAGUGCCUCAGGAUAUAUCUGUAGAAUUUUGAAUAGCUAAAAAUUGCACGCUUCAAAUUCUAAAACACUGAAUACAUAAUGAAGGAAGCUAAGCUUUAUUGUUGGGAAACUUCCCCCUUUCCACAGCGUGUUCUGUGUAGUUGGUUUGUUCUUUACGCUUACCUGCACCAAAUUGUUUUUCCUGACUGAAAUGUGUUUGUGUGCCAGAGACCGAGCUGUGAGCUCCCAUCAGAUGGUCUGCAGAGUUUUGACGAUGCAGCUGUUCAACAUUGCAAACACUUCAAAGCUACAACCAGUUAUUGUUCAUCCACUAUUUCGGAGAUUACAUGUUGAGUUUGGCUUGAUUUACACACCUCCAAAAAAUUUAACGUAACGUUUUUUAUUUGCUUAAAUGGACGUAAUUUCAUCAGAUUAAGAACAUUUCUGAUGCGGACACGAUAUUCAUUACUGCUUUUAAAAAUGGCCAAAUAGUUCUUGAACGUCUCUCUAAUGAUUAAUAGUUAAAGCUGGUAAUUGUUGGCACUCAGAAAAUGCAGGCAAUUCAAAUGUAUGUUGCCAGAAAAUAAAUAAAUGGAUGUUAGUGACGUUUCAAGUAGUCAAAUUUGGAGUCUGUGCCACUAAAAUAUGGAAAUCCUCCAUAAAGUGAAACAAUUAAUUUUUUGGCCACUUGAGUUGUCAAAGUGUAAGUCCAGUCAAACCCAAACCGACGUGUCAUUUGUUUACUGUGCAUACAAAUAAAAGCAUUCAUGGGGAAAAUAUU